GGUGGCAGAAUAUGUUGAAAGAUCGCGGAUCCCCUUUUUCCAACAACGCAAUAACUCACCCGAUCAACCAUCUUAUAUAUCAAUUAUCCAUAUAAUAAUAUCCAAUCGUUCUUUUGUCCCUUUGGUUGUUAUCCUCCAUCUAAACUCGUCAUCUAAAGCCAAAGAGCACUCAAGGCCAUCUGUCUGUACCAUAGCACCGGCUCCGAAACCACGGCAGUUCCUGAUAAGAUUGUAAUAAGGGCUAGGGCAAGGGCCUAGGGCAUACGGCAGAAUGCUUCAACGACUACCUCCCGAGAUCCUUCUUUUGAUAUUCCGCCACUUCCACCACGAAUUUGAUAGACAAGACCUUCUAUCUAUUUGUCAUGUGUCCCGUGCGUUCAGACAACUCAUGCAGCCAAUCUUGUUCAGCAAGUUUGAUGUGGAUAUAGGCCCUGGGGAAUUUUAUGCAAACAACUUCGUGCCCCUUGCUCUCUUUACGAGGACCGUACUUUCGCGAGUCGAUAUCCAAAAAGCGACCCGGGAGAUGAUUGUGAGAGGUCAAGAUGACCCGAUUUUAUGGAAUGAUGGGAGGGAUACUUCAUCUUUAUCAACUGAGACCCUCACAGCGCUGGUUGACGAAAUGAAAAGGCUAGGCAUUGAUAAGAAUACUCAUUCCAGGUACUCUACGGAUAUGAUUUCCGGAGAAAUCAAUCCUAUUUUGGUGGUUUUGGCCGCCAACCUGGAAAGACUUGAAAUGCUUAAGAUAUCCUUUGUGACAUACUACAUGAGCAGCCUGCUGAACAUGUUUGACACUGGCAUGGCUCAACCUUAUUUCUCCAAACUCACAUCAAUCGAUCUCGAGCUUGUCUGUGUGGAUGAAGACCCGGCUAUGGAUGUCAUUUACCUUGAGAGAAUAUUACCCUUGCUGGCUCUCCCCCGUCUGCAACACUUUGGAGCGAAUCGUUGCCUUGGUGAUGAUGCAUACCAACCUGAAGAGGAUACUUUGCCAAACGCCAUGAACAUUUCAUCCAUUUCGCUGGUGGACAGCUGCCUGGACCAUUUAACAAUGGUUGACCUAAUAAUGGCUUCCGAGAGUCUUAAAUCCUUCACAUAUGUGGUCAACGUCGAUAUUAUUGAGAAUCUAGAAAACUCCGACCCCAUCAACACCGAGGAACUCCUUGACGUUUUAUCUUGUCAUGAAGAGACUCUAACCGAGGUGCAUAUCGAAAUGAAGGAACGGCGAGGAGGAUUAGGCGAACGCCCCACCAAGUUUGAAUCAUUCGCCCCUUUGAGAAACCUCCGAGAAUUAGACAUCGAGCAGGCCACUAUAACAGAUGCGCUAGAGUUGCCCGAGUCAUUGCAGGUGCUGCGGGUCAGGACCUGCACUCGCCCCGUUUUUGAGCUAGUGGACUUCCUGGUCAAAGAAAAGAAAAGGCGUUUCUGUAACCUUGAAGUGGUCAAAGUUGCUCCGCGAUCCAUGCCGUGCACUGCGAUGUUGGGCAUGGAGCCUUCAUUUCUUGACGUAAGAGUGUUCACGGGAGAGGAGUCCAAAGUGACCGAAUUUAAAGAACAGGUCCAAAGAUUGGAGGCAAUUAUCCGUGGUGCUGAUUUCAAAUUUUAUGCGGAGUGCAUGUCCUACAAUAUAAUGUCGAGGCGGAUGCGAGAAGGCUUAGAGGGGAAGGAAGAUGCAGAGAGAAUUUCAGGGCGAUAUGAUAUCCCAGAGGCGGAGUAACUUGGCAGAAUCUGUGAAAGUCGCGGGCAUCUUUCUUCCUCUUUGGAGCUCAUCCUGUCAACCAUCUUGGCUAUCUAUUUUCUGUUUAUGACCUUUCCAAUUGAGAUCCAUCUCUUUCUUUAGUGACUUCUUUUACGGAAGCUCUUCGUUGAGAGUCAAACAUUGCAAUUGAGAGCUGACUGGACCAGUACGAGUCGCGGUUCCU